UCCAAUCCGAUACUCCCGUUCAAUUGGUGGCCAAUAAAGUGGAUAUGGUGCAUUUACGUCAGGUCAGCCGCGAUGAGGGAGAAAUAUUAUCCAAAGAUUUUGAUUGUAAAUUUAGUGAAGUAUCGGCUGCAGAUCAUGUGGACCAAGUGGCUGAGGUAUUCAAUGAUUUGUGUAAGGAAAUUAUAGUCAAAAGGAAAUCAAAACAGAGUUUACUGGAGAGAAUGUUGGGCGGUGCCAGACCCUACAGUCGGGGGAAAAGUGAUAGUAAUUUGCCUAAGGAUUGAGUUAUUUUUAUAUUGUUAUUUUUAAUUUAAAUUGUUUUGCAUUAAGAAAUAAUUUUAUUUCUUGUUUUAUUAAAUAGUAAAUUUUAUUUAUAAUUAAUUGUAAUUUU